AUGCCAGACGGAACCCAGAAAGGAAGCGCCCUGGUCCUGCCCACCGCCUUUUCGGCGGCCACCCAGAUCAACACCCUCCUCAACCCGUCCGUCCUCAUCAUCGGCGCGGGAAUUGGCGGCAUCACCCUUGCGCUCGAUCUCGACGAGAAGGGCUUGACCAACUGGCUGCUCGUUGACCGCGAGGACGAUGUCGGUGGGACGUGGUAUGUGAACCGUUAUCCGGGAUGCCGUUGCGAUAUCCCUGCCAUUGGUUACAGCCACUCGCGCUUCCAGAACUCACAGUGGACCGAGACGCACCCCGACCACAAGGAGAUUCAGGCCUACUGGGCCAAGAUUGUCAAGACCCAGGGUCUGACCAACCGCCUCCGCCUGCAGCACGACUAUGUCAAGGCCGAAUGGGACUCUGACCAGUCCCUGUACCAUGUGACGCUCCGCGACAUUGUCAACGACCGUGAAUUCAUCGUCGACGCCCAGGUGCUCGUCAGCGCCACCGGUCUCUUCUCCGAGCCCCGACGUGUUCCCGUCAAGGGAGAGGACGAGUUUAGCGGCCGCGUGAUCCACGCUGCGCGGUGGCCAAAGGACCUCACCAACGAGGCCAUGCACGGCAAGAACGUCGUCGUCGUCGGUAACGGCUGCAGCGGAAUCCAGAUUGUCGGAACCUUGGGCCUCGACCCCGAGAUCAACGUCGUGUCUCUUGCGAGGUCCAAGCAGUGGCUCAUGCCCAGUGUCAACGGCGGGUUUGCAGCUGAACGCAACUCGUCUCCCGUCUCGGAGAGUACGCGUGCGCUCCGUGCUCGUUUCCCAUUCCUCCAGCGCUGGGAACGCACGCUCAUGCUCGGCGUCUUGGACACGCACUUCCACUGGCAGUAUGAGAAGGAAGGCCGCCGUAAGCGCAAGCAGAUGGAGAAGGACCUCGGCGACUGGAUGGUCGCGCGUGCCCCGGAACACCUCAAGGACAAGAUUGUCCCCGACUUUCCGUUCAUGGCCAAGCGCUUUGUGUUUGAGGACGGCUACCUCGCUGCCAUCAACCGGCCCCACUGCAAGGCUGUGUACGGCCGCAUCGAGGCUCUGAACCACGACAGUGUCAUCGUCGACGACGGCAGCGAGAUCAAGGCCGACAUUGUCGUCCUCUCGACCGGGUUCGACGCCGACCACAUCGAUGUGCAGGUGCAGGGUGAAAGCGACUCGACCGCAAACUACGACGGCAAGGCCAACUUGACCUAUUACCACGGUAUCGCCCUCCCCGGCAUGCCCAACUUCUACACCAUGCUGGGCAACAACUGGGUUGUCAACCACAGCAGUGUCACCACCGUGCUCGAGAUCCAGGCUGCGUACAUUACGCAGAUGGUCGAGGCGAUGCGCAACCACGGCAUCCCCAAGCUCGAAGUCAAGCGGCCCGCGGCCGAAGCGUACGAUGCGUGGAUCGAGCGCGAGCUCAAGCGGACCACCUGGAACCGCGUCGCCAACUAUUGGCGCAAGGAGGGCAACGGCCGCAUCUUCACCCACUACCCGGGCACCGUCCUGCGCAUGUGGUGGCAGAACCUCUGGCCAGUGUGGGCCGACUACAAGGGUGCCGAGCGCCUCGCGGUCCGCCAGCGUCUCCGCAAGUUUGUCUUUGUCCUCUCCCUCGUCGCCGGCGCCUUGUUCACGGGCAAGUACAUGGUCGACCACCAGGUCCUCAAGCGCCUCAACUCGGAGGUGACCAAGCUCAUCACCCAUGCCGUCGGUCUUGGCCAGACUCUCAAGACUAAUCUGGUCGGUAACAAGUGA